GGAAGGGGGCGGAGCCUGGCCGACAAGAUGGCGUCCUCGGCGCUGCUGCGCCCCUGGUCGCGGCUGCUGGCGCCCGCCCGGCUCCUGCGCGGCCCCUCGCGGUCCAAGUUCUACGUGCGGGAGCCGCUGCACGCCCAGCCCAACUGGCCCAAGGUCGUGCUGAGCUUGGCCGUCUCGGGCCUCCUGUGGUUCAAACUUCUCACACGACAUGAAGAAGAUCUUUUAGAGUAUAAAAAAAGAAAUGGAUUAGAAUAAACUUUGGAAAUGCUAAUAUAGGAUGUUACACAUGACUAGCAGUGCCUCUGGAUUCCCCAUCUACUGAGUUGUGAAUGUAAGAGAAGUAAUAUACAAAUAUGUAUCAAGUCAGCAUUUGUGUUUGCAUCAUUAAAUGAAAAAUAAAAAUACUUUAUUCCUCAAA